UCUGUGGAUCAGCAGUGACAUGGUCACAGUGGGUACUGUAGCAGUCAGCCUCAUGUGCCGUCUGAAGCAGUGUGAGAGUGUCAGUAGAUGAUCAGCAGAGGAAAGUGAAGCUGCUGUGAGCUGAUGUCCUGAAGGGCUUUUAAAGAGUCUCUGAGUUUGACAGGAACAUGAAGAUGUUUGUGGUGUUUGUGAUCCUCCUGCACGUUUCCCAGCAUGCUCUGGCUGUGGUGGUGGAGGUGUAUGAGGGUGAGAGAUCUGUCCUGCUGUCCUGUCAGUUCUCAGGUUUUAUACCUGAGCACCCUGCAGUGAUGUGGACUCGCAGUGAUCUUCAUCCCAAAUCUCUCCACCUACAGCGUGAAGGAAGAGAUGAUCUUGGAGGACAAAACCAGCGUUACAGCGGGCGCACGUCGAUGAGACCUGAUGCUCUGGACACUGGAGACUUUAGCCUCACUCUGAGAAAACCAACAAAGACUGACAGUGGAGCAUACACCUGCUCCAUCAGUGAUGGAGGAGAUGAACUGAAAGUGACAGAUAUACAGCUGCAGGUCAAAGACGACCAAGAGGAGGUGACAAUGUGGAAAACGUCAGACUUCAUCAUCCUGCCCUGCAAAACAAAACCUGAGCUGCCUGAGGGUUCCAGAGUGGAGUGGACUCGCUCUGACCGAGUGGUCCAUGUGUAUUCAAACAGAAGUGAUCACCUUAAGAACCAGGACGACAUUUACUGUGGCCGCACGAAGAUGAACAAAGACCUGCUGAGAACUGGAGACCUCAGUCUGACCCUGAAAUACCCCACAGAGAGAGACAGUGGAGGAUACAUCUGCACCAUCUACAGGGACAAAGACAUCCUGAGACAGAAAGUAGUGCUGCAGGUCAAAGAACCAUUUCCAUCCUGGGCCACAUUUCUCCUGGUUCUCUUGGGCCUCCUGGUUCUUCUUGGGAUUUCUGGAGGUCUCAUAUCUUAUUUACGUCACUAUUUCAUGUCAGGUUACAAGGUGGAGGUAGAUUCAGGGAUGGAGUCUGUCCUGCUGCCCUGUAAAACCACAGUUCAUCUGCCUGAAGAUGGUAAAGUGGAGUGGACGGAUAAAAAUGGAAAGGUCCACGUGUAUGAGAACGGCUCUGACAAACCUGAAUACCAGCACCCAGAUUUUAAAGCCAGAACCAAGAUGAGGAAAAAUCUGCUGAUGCUUGGAGACUUCAGUCUGACCCUGAAAUACCCGACAAUCACAAACACCUACACCUGCACCAUCUACAGCAGGGAGGGAAACAUCCUGAUGAAGAAACACGUGAAGCUGACUGUCAAAGUCCCCCAGGUGGAGGUGGAUUCAGGGGUGGAGUCUGUCCAGCUGCCUUUCAAAACCUCUUCAAAAGUUCCCCUGCUUGACAUAGCAACCAUUGAGUGGACAAACAUGUACAACACAAAGGUCCACGUGUAUCAGAAGAGCUCUGACCAGCCUGAAGAACAGGACAAGAUCUACACAGAAAGAACGAAAAUGAAUGAAGACCCACUGAAAACUGGAGACCUCAGUCUGACCCUGAAAUACCCCACAGAUGGAAACACGGGUAUCUACACCUGCAUCGUCUACGACACCAAGAAAAACAUCCUGCUGAAGAAAAAGGUGGAGCUGAGAGUCAAAGACUGUCUGGUGGAGGUGAAGGAGGGGGCGGAGUCUGUUGAGCUGCCCUUCAAAACCACAGGAAACCUGCCUGAAGAUGCCACAGUAGAGUGGGAAUACUGUGAACCUGAAUGCAGGAAGGUCCACAUGUAUGAAAAAAGAUCUGACCAGCCUGACAAAAAGGACGAGGAAUACAGGGACCGAACAUCAAUGAAUGAAGACCCUCUAAAAACUGGAGACCUCAGUCUGACCCUGAAACACCCCACAGAGAGAGACAGUGGGAGAUACAGAUGUGAAGUCAAGUCUGGCUGUAAACUUCUCAGAAGGAAAAUGUUGUUUCUAAAAGGGAGAGUUCAGGUCCAGGAUCAAACAGGGGACAUCAGGACCAGAAGCAGCUCCAUUGAUCCGACUCCUCUGACGGCUGAUCAAUCAGUGUUAUGACUGCUGUCGUAAUGUUGUCUCUCAUAUGCACCUGGAGACGGUGCCUGCAGAUUGGCUAACUACAUGGAGACAACAUAUUUACACAGCAGCAUGUAGGGGUGGACUGCCUUUGUAUUUGAUCGCUGUUUUCUCCUGUUUUUGUUAGUUUUGGAGGUACGCUGCUGUCAUUUGGUUUAAUUUCUUUGAGUAUGUUGUUUGUAUCAUUGUCUCAGGGACCAAGCAGUAAAGCAUAAAGGACACAGAUGUUUAAUUUAAAAAAUUGGGUUUUAUUGACCCAAAAGUAUAAAAAGAUAUUUAACAAAGCCAAAACUUAAACAGGCAGACCAGCAAAACAGGUCAACUCAAUAGACUAAGCUCAAGGUAACAAUUAACGAAACCUCAAGCAAACAUAAGACAAACUGACCUCCUGAAAUGACACACGGGGGAACAUUAAUACUGGUUUAGCUAUAACACAUGACACACACAGAGGAAAACAAAAUGGCUGCCAUAUAACCAACUAAUACAAACCAAUUAAACUUGAAACACCCUCCAGGCAAUGAGGCAUGACGGUUGACAGUGGUACUUCAGCUCUCCCAGCCCUUUGCCAGACCGGAGAGGAACCAAACCCCAGGUGACUCACACACAGGAAGAUGUAUUAAUAUAAAACAGAACUUUGACCUUGCAGUGUUCACAUGUGUGUGUCAGGCGUUGUGUGGAGGCGAGGAAGAAGGAACCCAAACGCAGGACUGGCAGGGA